UGUGUCAUUUAGUUUGUAUUUUAGCAGCCGUUUACCGCCCUGCAAUUACAAUCGAUUUUUCGAUGAUAAUUCCUUCCCUGUUAAAGAAAAUAUGUGAAAAUGCAUGAAACUAUAAUAGGAAGCGUCCUCUCGGAGAAAAUAGCCCAUGACGUGCUCGUGAAAUGGUUAAAUGAUGAAACUAUUGAGGAUUCCCCCGAAAAUGAGGCACUAUUGUGCUGCAACAGAAGUGAAUUUGUUGUUUACUUUUUGUCGUUUUUACGACAACAAACUGACAGCAUACUCCAAACAAGUAGCAAUGCCUUAACCCUCAUACAACACCAAGCAACACCAGAAAAAAUACUCACCUCCAGACGUAAACACAAACGGUCCGUCAGUGAGCCGACUAGUGAAGUAGAGGCUGACAGAACUACCGAUAGCCUGUCUGUGAAGACUGACAAACACCGAAGCCAUGAGUCUCCAAACAGAGAUCGUAAAGAUCCAAAAAAGUCCAACCGUAGAGUUAAAACUAAGCUCUUCAACGAAAAUGACAGAAGCAAGGAACACAACUCCUCAUUCCUAUCUUCUAAGACUGAUUCGGACGAGUCCAGAAUAAGUUCUGGUGUGGAACGUUUAGUUUUGUCCAGCACACCAUUGAAGAAUGGUGUGAAACCGACUGAAUAUCAGAAUCUAUCUUUGACUAGUCCAGUUACACCACAGUCUCGAAGUUUCGGUAAUUUUGACCGAUGUGACACUCCUAGGUCUAAUCAAAAACACUCAAAAUCGCAAGAAAAAUCCAGCUUUGGUGAUUUUCUAGUCACAGCUCAGGUUAAAAGUUCAAAGAAAAAACGGACAACACCGAAAAAUAUAUCCAGUGAAGCUGAAGAUACUAAAGUCAGUCUGGACCUCAGCAGUUCAGACAUGUUUCCUGAAAUUGGUGCGAGGAAAGCUAGCUCUUUACGUUCCGAGAAACGCAGGAUUAAACCAACAAACAUAGACACCUCUACUCCUCAGAAAAGUUUAUCAUUAAACUCUUUCAAUUCAGAGUCUUUCCAACAGCCAUCACCUUUGGCUUUGGAAGAAAACCUUGCGUUUAAAUUCCAGAAAUUACAACCCAAAGAACUAGCUAACAGCUUUGAUGCAGAGAGAAAUAUUUUAAAGCAGGAGCGCCAUAAACUUAUGGAGAAAUUCAACAUAUUGAACUCUACGAGUAGCCCCAGCACUCCGCUGUCACCACAAAUUAAAAUAACUAAAAAGGAUAACAACGAAAAGAAUCAAAACUUUGUUAAAGCUGACUCUAACAAGAUAAUGUUUAAAGAAAAAGUAGACAUACUUGUAGAGAUCUACGAAAUACUUAUUAAAAACAAUCUUAUACUGAGUGUUAGCAGCGAAAUAUACUUCUUAAUAUCAGUGUUACUCUCCCAACAGUAUGAAGAAGACUAUGCAAACAUUGAAUCUAAACUUUCUGAAGAAAAUCUAUCUGAAAAUGUGCUGAAAACUAUACACAACAGCACAUAUUUUGCUGUAAAAUCUCUCUGGCACCAAAAAUACAUUCUAGAAUUCAUGUUGGAUAAGAAUUCCCUGAAAAUUCUGGGUGAGAAUAAGAAAGUGCGCAGUUUUUACCCAGAUCUUGCUAAAUUUUUGCUCAAUUUGUAUGGGAUAAAGACUGAAAUUGACAGUGCUAAGGAAGAGAAACCCGUAACAGCUUUGGAGAAUCAGUAUCCUAACGGAAUUGUGUGCUUCAACUUUGAAACGGAUAAUGCGGAUAACUUUCCUUCACUGCUGAGUUUCCAGAACUUCAAGAAACAACGGGAUAUGUUCUAUGAGAUUUUAAGAUGGUACACAGAAAACCCCUCCUCCCCCAAGUCUUCAUUCCGCACCCGCGUGAAGACGCUCCUGUCUCUGGCGGUGGCGCCCGCCAACCACGCGCACCUGGCGCGGCUGUGGGCCAGCCACAUGGCCGCCGAGUGCCGCCCGAGCAACACACAGGAGUCCAAACUAUCCAAACUGCAUCGCCGCCUCACAGGGCCGGCCACACACGAGUCGCGCCGCCUGCCGCGCUUCUCUAGCAAGGAAAUGUUUUACAAAGAGUUCAUAAUGUUCGCCGAGAACGAGUCGUUUCGCGUCCACGCGCGCGACACGCUCGCCUCAGAGAUAUGUGUCCUCAACGCCACCGCUCUGGGAAGCACUGAAGAUAGAGGCAGUGCCCCAAACACAGACCUAUCCAAGGACUACCUGGCCCUGCUACAAAGACUCCGUCUCCUCUCCAAGUUCCUGGGCUUCCUGACAUCACUCCCGCACACUCAGACUCCGGUUGAAUACAGCAUCAAGAGCGGCCAGGCGGCUCAGGGGAGGGAACAACAGUACCUGAGUGUGCCUAAGGAAAAGGUGUUAGAGAAUGCGGUCAGGCUGAGGAAUUAUAGUCAACCAAGCAUAGACCUCCUAGGCAUUCUACACGAAGCGAACCAAAACGCCCGCCUCUGCAUCACCCUACCCUGGCUGACCCAAUACCUGUCAAUGAUAGACUACACCGGCCUCCGAACUAAAUACUACGAACUAUUACUCAAAAACAUCUUCGAAAUCUACACGGAAAAACUGAAAUUCACCAACGAAAACAUCAAGAGAAAUACUGUGAUAUUUUUAAAGUUGACCUUAGGAUGGCUGUUUGAUUUACCGCAUUUUCCGCAAGAGAGCUUUUACGAGAAAUUCAGUGAAUUCAAAAUGGCGGAAACAAGUGUUGCCAGUGCAGAAAAUAUUGAUUCGUUGGAUGUGAUCGAUGAAUCGAUAAUUUUUGAGUCGUGUCCUUUUUUGAAGGAUGUCAAUGUUUUGUUGGUGACGUCGAAGCCAAGUCAAGAUGCUAAAGAAGCGAGUAGCUUCAGGCAUAUCACUCCUGUUACGAUGACGCUGAAUCCUGAAGACAGAAUUAAGAAUAAAGAGAAAGAAAUUCAGGCCCGCCUCGAGCAAGAAUACCUAAAAUCCCUGCCCUCCUCCACCCGUCGAGUACUAGAACUGAUCUCGGAGCGAGCGCGGGCGUCGUGUGUGAAGGAAGUGGGCGCUCGCACGACUCACGCGCGAGUCACCUGGCGGCGGCGCGCCGGCGCGCUCGUGGCAGCAGACCAAUCGCAUGACCUCCUGUCAGCGCUGAAGGCUCUACACACCGCCCACACGAACGCCUUUCAUGCCCAGAUACAGGACUUCAUACAGAAACACAUAGCCUCCCAAGUGCAGUCCGGGCUCCAGUCCUGGAACCUCGCCGAGCCGGUGUUGGCCCGGGUGCUGACUCGAGCCGCCCUGGACAAGAUGCAAAGAGGAUAUAGACCCGACGUCCUCUGCAAAGACAUCGAAGAAGAAAUGCGCAACCUGCUAGUCCUAGGCGACAGGGUGCUUAAGGACGAGGAGCAAUCUCUCCCAGUCAACGUGGAGAGGCUCACGCUGCCGAAGGAACAGUUUGAGGCGACGCACGUCAGUCCUAAUGGAGUUAUUAUACAUGUGAAGGAGCACAUCUGCCUCCUCCUCUCCUCCCCCUCCCCCGCGCCCCCCACCGCCCCCCUCCUCGCCCAAGCCGCGCGGGUGUGCCACAGGGACAACGUGUUCACGAGAAGACCCACACUGAGGGCCUUGUUGCAGCUUACAGUGGAUCUGUGUGUGGUUUUUGUGAGCAGAAAACCCAAAGAGCUAACCGAAGAGCUACUGAACCAUUUCCACGCGAUAUGGGACCAAUGCUGUCCCGACCGCAAGAAACACGAACCACAGGACUUGGGCCCUCCUGAGCGCCGGCCGGACCUAUCUCCAGACUUAAGGAACUUUGACGCAGACGACAGAGCCCCUACUCCGGUUUCCGACGACGAAGGCACGAAAAAAGUGACCAAAAUUGUGAUUUCGAAUAAUUUCAGUGAAAGAAACGGACAGAACACGAGAUUCAGUUUUCCGAAUAAGACUUUGAGUAGUCCGGUUUUGCCGAUCGGUAACUCGAGUCCGAUUAUACCGAAUCUAGCGCCGCUAUCGCCGAAAGUCUUCGCGAAACCGCUUUCGCCGAAUUCGUACAAAAUGUCCUAUUCCGCCGGGCCCGCUUCGCCGAAUUCAACGAAGAUUUCGUACAAAAACUCCUACUCCGGCCCAGCUUCGCCGAACACUCUAGCUGUCAAAACGUCAAACACAACCAGUGGGACUCAGAAUGAUGACUUGAUAUCGUAUUUCGACAGAAUAUUGUGUCCUAGGAAUAUAGUUUUGCUGUCGAGAGCUAAAUGUCCUAGUGCAGAUGUUUGGCAAGCUAUGGCAUCUUUGCUGGUGUUUUUGUUGAAACAUGACUAUUUGGGCGAAGACUCUUUGACGGAGCAAUGUCUGGCGGUUUAUAGGCAGGAUUGGUCGCAGUCAACGCUAGAGAGCCUGUCCGCCUGCCUCAAGACAGUCUCCGGGCGCUGGGCGCGCGCCGCCAGCGGCAAGUUCACACUGUUCCUGGACUUCCUCGCCGAGUACUGUGUCGACAUGGACCACGGGGACGGGCUGAUGGACCAUUGAACCGUGGGUGGGAAGUUGAACCGUUAGUGGGAAGUUGGA